UUGACAUUUUCUAAAGAUGGCUCACGCAGCAGCUGUUCUUCUCGUCCUGUAACCGCCUGAGUUCAGACCGAGCAGUAGCUGCAGCGGAGCCUGAUAACUGACAGCUAGUGGAGCCCAGAGUCGUCCAGCUCGUCGUUGUGAUAUGGCGGAGAGCGGGUCGUCAGCUGAAUUCUCCAGCUCCCUGACGAGCUCCAGUCUUCCACCGCCGAGGACCCGCAUCUUCAAAAUCAUCGUCAUCGGGGACUCCGGGGUCGGGAAGACCUGUCUCACUUACCGCUUUUGUGCCGGCAAGUUCCCCGAGAAGACCGAGGCCACGAUCGGGGUGGACUUCAGGGAGAGACUGGUCGAGAUUGACGGCGAAAAUAUCAAGAUCCAGCUGUGGGACACUGCAGGCCAGGAGCGUUUCAGGAAGUCCAUGGUGCAGCACUACUACCGCAACGUGCACGCUGUUGUCUUUGUCUAUGACAUCACCAACGCUGCCAGCUUCCACAGCCUCCCUGCUUGGAUCGAAGAGUGCAAGCAGCACGCACUGGGCACAGAGGUACCCAGGAUCUUAGUCGGAAACAAGUGUGACCUCCAAGACUCCGUGCAAGUAAACACGGACUUGGCUCAACAGUUCGCAGACGCCCACUCCAUGCCGCUGUUUGAGACAUCUGCAAAGAAUCCCAACAGCCAAGGAGACAGAAACUAUGGAAAUAGUGACCAUGUCGAGGCUAUUUUCAUGACAGUCGCCCAUAAGCUAAAGUCUCAGAAGCCCCUGGUGCUCAGCCAGCCCCCUGAGGCAGCAGGGGGAACCAUCAACCUAAACAGGGGGCGGGAUGAUGGGGGGGACGGGACCAGAAGCUGGGGCUGCACCAGCUGCUGAGAUAGGCUAACGGAGAGGAUAGAAGGAGACGAGCUCGGCCCGAGGCGGCUGAUGGCCGAUGAGGUUGGAGGCAGACGGGGCAGAGCAAAGAACGGAGUCAAAAAAGAGAAAAUUGUUCUUAAAAAAUGUCUUCACAAUCAGAACAACAGAUGAAUGUUUCCAGUAGAGGAUAUAUUAGUUCACUGCUUGUGCUUAACUGACUUAUAACCAUUUGAGGCAGUAUGUGACUGUCUAGGAUUGGCAGGGUUCACGGAAAUGAACUGUGCCAAUGAAUGAUUGGAAAACUGGGGCCAAAAAUCUGAUAUUAAAUCAGUAAUUAUUCGUUUAACUCCUUCAGCAGAGGCAGAUAUGUAGGGUCAAAAUAACAGCACUUUACAAAGUAAUGCACUACAUGCCAUUUAAUUAGACUGUAUGUUAGAAGAGCGGUGUCACUGUGGUAUUAUAAUGUUUGUAGACUGCAUUAUCUUAAAGGUGUUGGUCAUGUUAUCUCCGCCCCCCUCGUGGGUGUAACACUCUGCAGGUGGCUGGUUUUAGUUGUCUCAUCAAAGGCUCCCUGUGACGUUUGCAUCUAAAUAGUAUUUUCACUCUUUGUUUAUGUUGAGUGUGAAUGUGCAGAUGCAGUAUUCUGAAUAUUUCACAUGGGAUCUGGUCUUCCCAGUCCACGGUCUAUGUUUCUAUUCUGGGACACCAUCAGACUAACUUUUCUCAAGUAACACUACAUUUAAUUCUUUAUUCCUGGGACUUUGAAUUUCCAGUGUAUCCCCUCUGUUCAUACACUUUCUUGUGAUUGGUCGCCCUCCAGAAGCUGAGGGUGUUUUUGCUGAACUGCUUGCUUUCUUAGCUUGUUAUCACCAUUAAUGCUAAAGUUAAUUAUAAGAACCAGAAACAGGCGCGUGCUAGCAGAGUGUGCGGACCGUUAAAAACAGCGGCUACAACUGUGAGAUGAAAACUUCACAGGGUGCCUUUAAAUCCUGUUGCUUUUACUCCAGUCAUUAAAAAAUUGCCAAUGGAAGUCCACUUAUAUUAAUAUUCUGUGUGUAACUUAGUCAUAACGAGUUCACUGAAAUACUAAAUUGGAAUGAAAUGCAUGGAGGGAACAAUAUCCACAUUAUUGACUUUUUAUAGAAAAAGUGGAGUUUUUUCCACUCAGUUUUGGGCUGAUUUAUUGAGUUAUGGACAACCUUUCUUUUUCCUCCUACUAUAUGAACUUUAUUAUUAUGCCGAUGCAUUUGCAUCAGUUGAGGGUUUAAAGAAGGACUGACUGUAAAGCCUUUAACAAAUAAUGCAAAAAAACGAGAACAUUACCAAACACCGAACAAUGGAUACGUGGAUUCCUGGUCUGUGGCCUGAAGUUUGUUUAAUAUUAAGAGUAGAUGGAAAGUAAAGAAGUAUGAUUACUUCAAUGACAGUUUUACAGAGUGGUUUCGUAAAGUUAAAGGCAAAUUUUAGCUAUUUGUCAAUUAUUAGGACAACCUCAAACCACAGGAGGGUCUGGGAGCAUGUACAACAAUCAUGUGUCCAUUAUGACCAAUUCAUCACACCUUUUCCAGCCAAACAAAAAGAUUCAACAUCAAGUUCAUGCCGUGAUGUCUGCUACUGGCAUCACACCUCGUGAACCAUUCCCGUCUGUUUCAGCUCACUUUUAUUUUUACAGCUGAAGCUGUUUCAAAGAAAACGAUAUUACUGCUAAGGUGUUUUCAGUGCAUGUACAGUCAUUGCUAACCACAGCUACCAGUAGAUAUACUUGGUACUUAAUGUCCUGAUAAAUGUCCCAGGAAAGCACAAAAACAUCCACAUAAUUACGAGACAACUCAAAUUUGUUUUUGAGCAAAAUCUUUGCUCAUAAAUUGUUUGUAAACGUAGCAUUAGCAUUAGCAUUAGCGGACAGUUAACAAAUGGUAUUAUCUUUUGCAGCUUUACUGAAAAAUUGUGCCAAUAAAAGGUGAGGAAAUGAUCAAGUCUUUUUCAUGUUAGGCCUUAAUAUAGCUCCUCAUAAUUGGAGCGAAAAUAUCCAGGAAAUCAUGGCUACCAUCUAGCUGCUAAUCUAGUUUGCUAAUUUCCUCUGUUUUUUGUUUCACUUCUGAACAGUGGGAGGAACUGGUAAGGUGUCUUCUAUGUAUGUACAGUCUGUGUGCAGCAGUUGUUAUUAUUAGGCCUUCAAAUGAACCUUUGUAUACUGCAAUAGAGUAGCACAGGAAACAGUCUGAAAAGAGCUAGCACUGGUUCGCUCUCUUUUCUCCAGGUUUUUGUUUUUGAAUGGAUUUGCUUCCUGAAACAAGAUCUGUAGUUUUCCUAUAACAUAAAAACUGGGAGUAAAUACCCUGCUGAUGAACACAGAGAUUGUGGUUUAGCUAAGAAGUGGUUAAAUGGCAUUGCAGAAGUUGUCAGGAAUAUAAAAUAAGAUUAUAAUAAUUAAUAAUUAAGAUAUCGAUAAAUCUUGAAAAAACCUUUGGCUUUUUGAAACAUUUUAGAUUGAUGCUAAUGUUCUAAGAUGCCCCACAAAAAUAUGGCGCUAUUGCUUUUCCAAUUCCUAAUCUUGUCUGUAAUUCAGGAGCAAUGACAUAUAAGGAAUGUGCAGUCAGUCAAAAGGGAACCUUUAAGGGAAAUACUGGUUAAAACUUUUUGUUUGCCUGCUUCUUUUUAAGUGUAGGGUACAAAUCUGCAUAGCUGGCCAAUCAGAUGAUUAAAACAAAUAAGUUAAGUAUGUAUCAAUGUGGUGGUGGUGACGCCACCCAUCAUCCACCCACGAUGCAUUCUUCAGAUCCCCUCCCAGGUCAUUAAGCCCUCACUCACACCUUUGUCUGUGUGACCAUAACAACUCACAGGAUGGUGGGGAGGGGGGACACCUGAUGAAGGACUGACACCUUGGCUAGCGUGACCUAGAGGUAUGAAUCUACUCUGGAACCACCUCCAGGAGGACAGUUCAUCAAAGGGUUAAAUACCCGGGACUCUCAAUUUUUAAACAGUUUUUUCUUUACAAAAAAGGGGAAAGUAACUAUCAGGCAAAUUGUUAUUGCAGACGUUGCGCUGACCUUGGAUUUCCCUACUUCAUAGUGUGUCGCUCAGGUGUCUUAACAUGUGGAGUAAUGUCUACAUCCGCUACUUAGAUUACACAUAAGCUUGUGAUAUAAUACUAAGCAUGUCUGGCAGCCUUCUACAAUAAACGCCAUCUUUCCGUCCACAAGCAGCGACAGCCCCUCGGCUGGUGUCCAUAGAGUAAUUUUGUGGCUUCGUGUCAGUUUGUGCAUGUCUGACCACAGCUGGUCCUGUGGCUAUUCUACCGAUCACCUACAGGUUUGCUUACGUCGUCUUAAUACACAGACAGUAAAUGACAACACCACUUUCUCUCAGGACUUGCUGUUCACAGCCCAAGCAUCUGUGGAGCCUGUCAGUGAUGUGACUGGAAUGGGGGGUGGGCACUGCGUGGGUUUUAAUUGUUGUGGGCUCGGCUGCUGCUUUUUUUCUGUUCGCAAAGUGUCCUUUGUUUUCAUUCCACGUCCGCCUUCACACUGGGCUCUACUGUAACUUCCUUUGGUUUACUUUUGUUCGUUAAAGAUGCAAGACAGGAUUGCUGUAUAUCUUACUGUAAAUGGGCCGAAAGAAAUGAAUUAAAUCCAUUAAACUGGUGGAGAAAAAGGGA